AUGGGCGAGGGUGGGCACGGGGUGCCAGCCUCCUCCUGCUCGCCCACCGCGCGGGGGGCAGUGCCCGCGCCCUGCAAAGCCACCGCUGAAGAGCGCAACCUAACCCUGCCCGCCUCCCUCCCCUCGGCGCCCGCAGAAACCAACGGGGGAGCGGACUGGUCGGGCGGGCCCGGGAAUCUUUUGCAAAACCCUGCAAAACGGCAACGUCUACCAAUACUAAUAGCAAUAACAAUCAUCUGCAAAACGGCCCGCAAGUACAAUCCGAUCCAGAAGAAACCACCUAGCCCGGGGGGAAAGGAAGAAACAGUUGUCCUGUGUUUCCUGCCAACCCUCCAAAGUGGACCCAGUCAUGUGGCGCUUUUUGUUUUGAUCCAGGGUCAUCAGUCCCCGCUCACACGAAGGAAAGGUGAGGAGACAUCAGCAGUGCAAGACCCCUGUUGGUCCCCAGGACCACGGACGGAGCCUUGCACCCCGAGAGAGAUGCUUCCCUGUCUCCGUGGCAACGGGACUUCCCAUCAGCUUCUGCUCCAACUGGUCCAGAGGAAUGGGAUCUCAACCUCUAGAACGCUGGAAAAUUGCAGUCCACUAGGACUUCACCGUGUCUUUCCCCAGUACCCUCUGCUGUGGCUGUCGUCGCUGGAACCGUUAUCGGUGUCUGUCGCCAGCCCUACUUCCUGCCCCCCGGCCUUUGAUUUUGAGCUCCUUGGAGGUCCCGACGCGCCUCGCGGCGCCCGGCCGGACUACGGGUCCCAGGGUGCAGCGCGGCGCCCGGCCGGCCUACAGAUCCCGACGCGCCUCGCGGCGCCCCGGCCGGACUACAGGUCCCGAGAUGCCGCGCGGCCGCGGCGUCCGUCCUCUAAGGGUCCCGACUCCCCGCGGGGGCCGGGCGGAUAA